CUGUAGCUCACAGGCUCUGCCCCCUAGGAGCAGAGGGGGUCGUGAAAGUAUAAAACCUCUUGGGCUCCCUCCAGCCAGACUGUAGACCUACUGGAAACCAUAGAGACACCUGAGUGUCGCCCCACUGGCUAAACUAUCCCGUCACAAUGCUGUCACGAACGUUGAUUGUUCCUUUGAUCUUUGCUUUGGCUGGUCUUGCUCUCUCAGCCCCCAUUACUGAUGGAACAGAGGGAGAUAAUGACGGUGCCAAAGAUGGCGAAGGCCCCACUGGCAGCCCGGUAGUUGCAGCAGCAGCUGGAGACUCUGUAGGGACCACAGAUGGGACUGACUCUAGUAAAGAGCUGGCUGGAGAUGUGAGUAGCAGUAAUACAUCCACAGACACAAGCAAUGGAGAUACCAGCGUGGAAACCACAGGCAGUCCUGAUGCCCCUGAUGCCCCAGAUGCAGCUGAAGCAGCAGGCAGCCAAGAUACAACUGAUGCAGCUGAAUCAGCAGAUGUGGAUAAGUCUCCAGAAGAUGACUCCACAGAGUCUCCAGAAAGUGAUUCCACAGAGUCUCCUGACAGUGACUCCACAGAGUCUCCUGACAGUGACUCCACAGAUGAAGUGUUGACAGAUGUGCAAGCUGACUCUGAUGUGACCAGUGAUAACACGGAGCAGGCCAUGGCGACAGACAAAGAUGACGACAAGAGUGACUCAGCUCAAGAGGAUGCAGAUGGGAAGGAUACUGCAGGUGAAGAAGAAAUGUUAGAUAAUGACUCUGCAGAUGCUGCCACAGACAAAGACGAUAGUGAUGAGGAUAAGGACAUUGAACUAGAUGGUAAGGCUCCUGCAGAAGAGAAGGACAGCGCAGAAGACACAGAGACAGAGGAAGCGACGGACAGCGACAGCAAACAAGACGACGCAGACUCAGACACUAAGGAUGACAAGCCAGACAAAGACGACAAGAAAGACAGCACAGAUGACAGCAGAGACAGCGACAGCUCAGACGACCGCAAAGACAGCAGCGAAGAAGAGGCCCAGGUUCCGGAGGAGGAACCAGAGCACCAGGAAAUAGAAGAAAAGGACAGCGAGAGCCAACAGGACACCUCAGAAGAAAACGACAAGCCAGACAAAGAAGAUGAGAAAGACAGCGACAGCUCAGACGAAAACGACAAGCCAGACAAAGAAGAUGAGAAAGACAGCGACACCUCAGAAGAAAACGACAAGCCAGACAAAGAAGAUGAGAAAGACAGCGACACCUCAGAAGAAAACGACAAGCCAGACAAAGAAGAUGAGAAAGACAGCGACAGCUCAGAAGAAGAUGAGAAAGACAGCGACAGCUCAGAAGAAAACGACAAGCCAGACAAAGAAGAUGAGAAAGACAGCGACAGCUCAGACGAAAACGUCAAGCCAGACAAAGAAGAUGAGAAAGACAGCGACAGCUCAGACGACAGCAAAGACAGCAGCGAAGCGGAUGUCCAGGUCUCGGAGGAGGAACCAAAGCAGCAGGAAAUGGACAUGAAGGAGAGAGGUGACGUGGGGGAAGAGCAGGCCAGCCCUGAAGACAACAUCAAGGAGGGAAGCCCUGUAGGGAGCCAAGACUUUGAGCCUCUACAGGAUUCGGAGGAGGAGGCGGAGAUGGAGUCAAAGGAGGAGGGAAAGCUGGAGGAGGCGGAGAAGGAGGAGGAGGAGCUGGAUGCGGAGAUGAACCUAGACACAACAGAGUCCGACAGUAAGGAGGACAGUAAGGAUGACAGUAAGAAUGAGAUUAAGGAUGAGAGUGAGGAUAAGACUGAGGCUGACGCAGACUCCAACAGCAAGGAGGACAUUGGGACCAGGGAUGCCCCUAAACCACAAGAGGAUGACAGUGAAGAGGACACUGAUGAUAGCAUGAUGAAGGAGCCCAAAGAUUCUGAUGAUGCUGACAAAGAUGAUAUGGACAAGGAUGCCUCUGACUCAGAGGAUGACAAAUCUGAAUCUGAUGCAGAGCCAGGCACAGAUUCACACAAAGAUGAGGAUGAGACCGACGAGGAUUCCCAGGAUGUGUCAGAGUCCAUGGCGAAAGAUGACGAUAUGGAUGAUGAUGACAUGAUUGGGGAAGAAACAAUGGCUCCAGAUUCAGAAGCUGUUCCAGCUGACAUUCUGGACCAACCAGACCAACAGGAUUACAUGACACAGGGUGCCUCUCACGGCGCUGAUGCACCGACAGCCCAGUCUUAGCCCUGAGGGUUGAGGCCACAUGACGCUGUGAAUGGAAACAGUUUGAUAGUCCCAUCAUGGUGAAUCCCACUUAAAACCAACAGGUCCUCCUGUAGUCAUGACAACAAACAGCGUAAACGAAACUUACGUUCCUUAACCCUCUCUUGCCACUCAAAAUGGUGAAGGUGUCAACGGGGAUACAAUUAAAUUAUUCUACUGUUUUGGUGUACAUUACAUUUUUACCCACUUUUUGACUGCAUUGUUGUUUUUUUGGCAUCUCAAGGGUAGUUUAAUAUUUGAUCAUGGAGAAUAUAUAUUUUUUCAACUUUGUUUUUUGUUAAAGGCAGUUUAUUUAAGUUGUGACAUCAUCAUUAUACAAGUUACACCCCUGUCUUAUCAACUAACGUGUUGAUAAAAUGGUCAACAUGUUGCCUUACAAUGCCCUUGAAAAAAACAGAAGUCUGUUUUUUAAAGAUAGCAUUCAGUCAUUGUAGGUUUGCUAGGUUUCUGCAGGUUGUGGGUUACUACAGUUUUCCUCUUGCUUUCAUGUGAUGCAUUGCUGUCUCAGUCCUUGACCGAUAACGGCUGCUACAUUUGAAAAAUAACUCCUACUGGCUCAGUUCAACAUUCAUUUUAAAGUUAUGAGUAACAUACGGUUCUUUAUUUUAAAAAAUGAAGUGUACAUACAAUGUCUUUGAUUAAGUAUAAUUUACAUUCGUUGGACAAAUGGUAAAAUAACAAUUGCAUAGACAUAAUGAGAAUUUAAUUUCAUAACUGUAUGCACACAGGGGGAAAAUCUAAUAAAUAUUGAGUUGUCAGAUCA